AUGGCGGGAUCAGCUCUGCGGCGGCUGAUGGCUGAGUACAAGCAGCUGACACUGAACCCACCGGAAGGGAUCAUCGCCGGCCCUAUCGAUGAGGAGAACUUCUUCGAGUGGGAAGCGCUGAUCACCGGACCGGAGGGCACGUGCUUUGACGGCGGAGUGUUCACCGCGAGGCUCACCUUUCCCAACGACUACCCCCUAUCGCCGCCUAAAAUGCAGUUCAUAUCCGAUAUGUUUCACCCGAAUAUAUACCCGGAUGGCAGGGUCUGCAUAUCGAUACUACACGCCCCCGGAGACGACCCCAUGGGCUACGAGUCGAGUGCCGAGCGGUGGUCACCCGUGCAGUCCGUCGAGAAGGUGUUGCUGUCAGUGGUGUCGAUGUUGGCUGAGCCUAACGACGAGUCCGGAGCCAAUGUGGACGCGGCCAAGAUGUGGAGGGAAGACAGGCAACAGUUCUACACCAUUGCCGACAAACUGGUCCGCAAGAGUCUGCAGAUUAAUUGA